AUGGUACGACCGAGGCGUUCAUCCGCCGCAAGUGAUGAGAGUGCCAGUACUACCAGAGAUCAGGAAUUAGGUAGUAUGUACGAUUAUUUGGCUAAGAUUAUACUCUUAGGACCAAGUGGAAGCGGCAAAUCAUGUCUAUUACAUCGCUUUGUCAAAAACGAAUGGAGGAUCUUGUCAUCUCAAACUAUCGGCGUGGAAUUCGCAAGCAAGAUUAUAAGAGUGGGUAGUGGCUCUCGACGGAAACGCAUUAAGCUCCAGCUAUGGGAUACAGCAGGAACAGAACGAUUCCGCUCUGUAUCGCGCUCUUACUACCGUGGCGCCGCUGGCGCGGUUCUAUGUUACGAUAUCACGAACCAUAAUUCCUUUACCGGACUCCCUACCUUUCUUAAUGAUGCGCGAGCACUUGCUUCUCCAAAUCUUACACUGUUACUUGUGGGCAAUAAGACGGAUCUCGCGGACUCAAAUGCAGAUUUAAUAGAUACAUCUGUGCCGCCCGCAACACCACCUAGUAUUAAUAGCAAGAAUUCCUCGUUUCCUUUUUCGGCGGGCGGAUCUGUGACUUCGACUUCGGGAUAUGCGGGGAUAGGAUCACAAUUAAAAGCAAGUGUAGCGCCGGACGGAAGAGAUGUUAGUGCGGAAGAAGCAUCUAGAUGGGCUAGUUCUGCAAAUAUACCGGUUUCGGUGGAGGUUUCUGCAUUAUCGGGUGAUAAUGUUGAGGAGGUUUUUAAUAGAUUGGCGAGGAUGAUAUUGACGAAGAUUGAGUUGGGGGAAAUCGAUCCCGAUGAUCCAAUGAGUGGAAUACAGUAUGGGGAUGGAGGGAGAUGGGAUACAAAUGCUAGUGAUGGAGCCAGUGUGAAGAGUGGAAUGACGAUUGAAGAUGGGAUUACGAGGAGGAGGAGGAAGGGGAAGAGGGGGCAGAACUGGGGACUUGGGGGAAUGAGGGAGUGGGAGGAGGUUUUUACGCUGACAGGUCAGAGAAGAAGGAGAGGCGGUUGUUGUUGA